CUCAAUAGCGUUACGUAUAUAUAUAUAUAUAUAUAUACACGAUAUAUACAUACAAACACAAAUAUUUGCCCACACUAAUGCCUCGAUUAGCGAACGUUGGAGGUAUUUGCUCGUGUUAAAAAUCGGGGGAGAUAAGUGAAAAAAAAAAAAAAGAAAACCUCUUGGACUCACGAAUUAGAUUAUACUUCUUCCCCCUGGUCGUGACCGGAAAUCAUCAAAACUGGCGCCCUUCAAGCUAAGAUUUUCAAAGAUGUCGAAGUCGUCGAGCGGGGGAAACGACGGAAGUCGCAGCAGCAGCGUCGAGUGCGAUGACGCGAAUAAUCAGCAGCCAAUCAACAUUCAGGCGCUGGUCAGCUCCAAUGGGAGAAUAGACGAGACGCCCGGCUCCGCCGAUGAAAACGCUCUCUGCACCAAGAACGAACCUCUCGUGCCAAACUCGCCGCCUCCCUCCUACGAGCACGUGCUCGAAGAAACGAGAAUGGCCGUUGGGCAGUCGGCAAAUAAUGCCGAAGACGAAAUUCGCCCUGCAGCAAAUAACAGAGAGAGAGAGGAAAUACCGGAUGGUGGUACAGAUCGGGGUGGAAGAACACCGAUAAAGGGUCCAGAAAUAUUGCACAAGUCGAGUAAAGAGUUGUACAGAGCUGUCGCCAAGCAAUGGGGUAUUACGUGCAAGAUGAGCGAUCAGUGCCGGUGUUUUGACUGCCAGAGUCAUUACUUCGAUUGUGAAUACGAGAGAGACGAGCAGGAGAAAACGGACGGAGGUUUAGGCGCUGGGACGCCAAUGUUCCUUUCGGAAGUGAUGCAGGGUACAGCCUGUACGAUUAUAUAAAGGGAUUAUUGGUACCGCGAUAUCGACAGAUUAGUGAUCGAUCGAUAUACGGCGUAGAUUGAAUCCUCGAGAUCUCUAAUUCGGUUCACGAAUGGCACAGAAACACGCCCGAGAAGUGAGAUGGAUAUUUUUGGUAUGAGGCUGCAGUACGAAUAAGAGUAUUAAUAAUGCUAACAGUAACGAUAAUCUUAAAUAAUUAAUAAUAUUAACAAAAAUUACAAUGACGAUGAUUAUAUAAUAAUCAGCGAGUUAUU